AUGGCAUCCACCGUCCAGGGAGUUGAUAUUCCCAACAUUAACAACAUGUUGGGAGUCAUUCUCGUUUGUCUCAUCAUCGCCGCUUAUUUGUUUGGCAUGUCCUCGUCACAGGCGUAUAUCUAUUACGAUCGCUUCCCCAAAGACCCGUGGUCGUACAAGCUCCUUGUUGGAGUGGCAUGGGCAAUUGAUACCCUUCACACGGCGCUCAUCUCUCAUACUGUUUAUUAUUACACCGUCACCCACUUUGGUGAUUACAGCUCUCUCACAACAACGCCAGCCUGGACCUUCAACGUCGAGGUUGGGCUGGUCCCUUUGUUGGCCUUGAUUGUGCAGUUGUACUUUGCCCAUAGGAGCUGGAGUAUUGACAGGAAGAGUUGGCCACUUGCUCUUGCUAUCAGCGCUCUAGCCUUUAUCCAGUUCGGAUUCGGUGUUGCCGAGGUUGCAGUGUCGUUUGCAAAAGUCAAGUCUUUCAAUGGCCUUUGGAACUAUAGCUGGUUGAUUAUAGUCUGGCUGUCUGUUGGUGCCGUUGCCGACCUCCUUGUUACCUGCUCCCUUCUAUACAGCUUCUACAAGAACAAAACAGCCUUCGCUGAUGACGACGGAUGGGUGACCAAGAUUCUUAUGUAUGGUCUUCACACGGGAGCAUUUACGACAUUCACAACGAUUCUGAACAUGAUCUUCGUGGCGGCUUGGACACACACUCUUGUGUAUGCCGGUUUGACGUACAUCCUUGGCAAACUGUAUACCAACACGAUGUUUUAUGUUCUGAACCGCCGUCCAGUUUCCGACCCUCGAUAUGCAUCUAAAUCUGGCGGUACUUCUUCUGGCUCCAGGGCCAAGAGUGGUCAUAAUAUCAGCAGCAUUAUGCCCACGUUCGCUCCAAAUCGUGGACAAAACACUUCAACCGCUCCGAGAGUUCAACCCAAAGAUCCUUAUGCUCCAGAUGCAGAGGUGGAUGUGCUUGAGAGCGGCAAGGCACCUAGUUUGACAGAACGAGAUGAGGCCUUGGAUAUUCACAUCGAUAAGCGCUCUGAAGCGAGCUACAUUGCUCGUGAUAAGGAACCCAGCACGAACGGCAAUGAGUCUGUUACCCAUGAGGUUCCCUAUCAGUAG